UCUUCCCCUCAACAGAAAUAUUAGUUUCAUUCGUUUCACCACAUUUCCUGGAUCUCUCUCCCCUUUCUUCCUCCUUCAGCAAUUCUGUUCUUCACGUAAUCCUCUAAUUCCACUAUCAAUCAUGGCGAACGCCGCUUCUGGUAUGGCUGUGCAUGAUGAAUGCAAGCUGAAGUUUCUGGAAUUAAAAGCAAAGAGAACUUUCCGAUACAUCACCUACAAAAUCGAAGAACAACAGGUGAUGAUAGAUAAGAUCGGUGGUUCUGAUGAAUCCUAUGAAGAUUUCACAAACUCUCUCCCUGCUGAUGAAUGCCGCUAUGCUGUUUUUGACUUCGACUUCACCACCGAUGAAAAUUGCCAGAAAAGCAAAAUCUUCUUCAUUGCCUGGUCACCUGAUACAUCAAAGGUGAGAAUGAAGAUGGUGUAUGCAAGCUCGAAGGACAGAUUCAAGAGGGAACUUGAUGGAAUUCAAGUUGAAUUGCAAGCUACAGAUCCUAGUGAGAUGAGUAUGGACAUCAUAAAAUCACGAGCACUCUAGCUGAAUAAACUACAUGUUCCUCCAUAUGGUGGAGUGGAGGUUCGUACGUCUGAUGAGUUUCUUUUACUGCAACUGCAUGCAUGAACGUGGUCAUUUUUUGUUCUCUUUUUUUCUUCUUAAUUUUUGCUAUUAAUUUCGUCUGAAUGAAAAAGAUACUCACUUUUAGAAUGUAAUGUAACAUUACUAUUACUAUGCACUUAUAUUCGUCAUGUUUGAACACAAUUUUAUUCCUUUACCUAAAAGGAAAUUUAUUGGCAUCCUUCAUUUUCUUCAA